UGUUCUGCUCAAAGGUCGGAUUUAUUUUCUCAUUAAGUUUCUCUUUAUUUUAUUAUAAUGUAAAAAAAUAAGAGUCACUUUUAUGAGUGCAUGGUAAUAACAACAACGUGCUCAGUUAGCCUCAGUUAGCUCCAGUUAGCCUCAGUUAGCUCCUCGGCUACCUCCGGAGCUCCAGCGGCAGCAGCCUCUCUCUCCCCGGCAGAAUGAGCUUCUCCCCCGGCCUCUACUCGCAGCUCUCCGCGGCAGAAUGAGCUUCUCCCCCGGACUCUACUCGCAGCUCUCCGCGGUGAUGGAGGCUGUGGUUCUCUCCGCGGUGGCCGGCCUACAGAAGCUGGUUUCGGGUGGACCAGAACUGCUGAUCCGCCUGGAGCUCCAUGCCGGGCAGGAGGCUCCAGACCCGGACUCAGCCAGGAACCAGAGCCGGGAGAAAAUGGUGCAGUUUGCCUCUCUGAUGGAGACCCUGGGGAACGAGGCUUUGGGGAAGAUCCUGAACAUCGUGGAGGAGGCGGAGCUUCAAGGAGAGGAGAACAGAUCUGAGACCAGCUUCAUCCACAUCCUGAACCACGUGGAGAACGAACACUCGUACGGAGUCCGACUGCAGAGCAACGACUUCAACACUCAGAAGCAGCAGGAGGCGUUUGAGGGCCAGUCUCAGGGUCCGUUUGUUCCUGCGCUGAUGCUGAAAGACGAUCGAGGCGUCGUGGAGCUGGAGGUCAUCGCUGAGAGAGCUCAGCAGCUGAUCCACAGUGAGGAGGGACUGUCUCAGAGGAGCCUGAAGUCCCAGCAGCUGAUCCACAGUGAGGAGGGACUGUCUCAGAGCAGCCUGAAGUCCCAGCAGCUGAUCCACAGUGAGGAGGGACUGUCUCAGAGGAGCCUGAAGUCCCAGCAGCUGAUCCACAGUGAGGAGGGACUUUCUCAGAGGAGCCUGAAGUCCCAGCAGCUAAUCCACAGUGAGGAGGGACUGUCUCAGAGCAGCCUGAAGUCCCAGCAGCUGAUCCACAGUGAGGAGGGACUGUCUCAGAGCAGCCUGAAGUCCCAGCAGCUGAUCCACAGUGAGGAGGGACUGUCUCAGAGGAGCCUGAAGUCCCAGCAGCUGAUCCACAGUGAGGAGGGACUUUCUCAGAGGAGCCUGAAGUCCCAGCAGCUAAUCCACAGUGAGGAGGGACUGUCUCAGAGGAGCCUGAAGUCCCAGCAGCUGAUCCACAGUGAGGAGGGACUGUCUCAGAGGAGCCUGAAGUCCCAGCAGCUGAUCCACAGUGAGGAGGGACUGUCUCAGAGGAGCCUGAAGUCCCAGCAGCUGAUCCACAGUGAGGAGGGACUGUCUCAGAGGAGCCUGAAGUCCCAGCAGCUGAUCCACAGUGAGGAGGGACUGUCUCAGAGCAGCCUGAAGUCCCAGCAGCUGAUCCACAGUGAGGAGGGACUGUCUCAGAGGAGCCUGAAGUCCCAGCAGCUGAUCCACAGUGAGGAGGGACUGUCUCAGAGGAGCCUGAAGUCCCAGCAGCUGAUCCACAGUGAGGAGGGACUGUCUCAGAGGAGCCUGAAGUCCCAGCAGCUGAUCCACAGUGAGGAGGGACUGUCUCAGAGGAGCCUGAAGUCCCAGCAGCUGAUCCACAGUGAGGAGGGACUGUCUCAGAGGAGCCUGAAGUCCCAGCAGCUGAUCCACAGUGAGGAGGGACUGUCUCAGAGGAGCCUGAAGUCCCAGCAGCUGAUCCACAGUGAGGAGGGACUGUCUCAGAGGAGCCUGAAGUCCCAGCAGCUGAUCCACAGUGAGGAGGGACUGUCUCAGAGGAGCCUGAAGUCCCAGCAGCUGAUCCACAGUGAGGAGGGACUGUCUCAGAGGAGCCUGAAGUCCCAGCAGCUGAUCCACAGCAGAGAGAAACCCUUCAGCUGCAGCGUCUGUGGGAAAACCUUCAACAGGCAGACGCAGCUGAAUACGCACAGCAUCGUGCACACAGGCGAGAAGCCGCACACCUGCCAGGUGUGUUUACGGACCUUCAACAUGGUUCAGAACCUGCGGCGCCACAUGCACACUCACGUGGAUCGGAAGCUCUUUGAGUGCUCUCAUUGCGGGAACGGCUUCACGCGGGCGUCGACUCUCAGAACCCACCAGCUGAUCCACGCCGGGCUGAAGCCUCUGAAGUGCCCCGUCUGCCCUGAAGCCUUCAGAAACGCUGUGAACCUGAAGAGCCACCUGACGAUCCACAGCGGGGAGAAGCCCUUCAGCUGCGAGCUCUGUGGGAAGAGCUUCAGGCAGGCGGUGAACCUGAAGAUCCACCUGAGAACCCACAG